CUUGACUAGUUGAGGGCUUUAAACUGCUACCUCGUUAUAUUCACUCUCUCGACAAAUGGACUUAUCCGGUGUAUUGAAACCAAUGUCAGUCAAGAGCAACGUCAAGAGGGAAGUAAACCAAGUUUCUAAAGUAAAAUCAAGCAAGCGACAUGCUGAAACCCAACCUGAUGGUAUUCCAGAAAGGGUGAGUGAAUCGUAACAAUAUUUCAGCAAUUCAGACGGUUAGACUUAAUGAAAAACAGGAAGUAACAAAGCCUGUUGAAGGUGGUAUUUCCAAAGUACACAAAGCAAAGCAAGUAAAACAUACACUUGGCAGAAAAAUUGUGGUAUUCAAAAUUUACACAAGGUUUAUCAAUUUAUUUUCAGGCUCCAAAAGCAUUCUUGGCUAAGAAAGAGCGCCGCCUAUUAAGGUUAAAGUCAAAGAAACACUCUGAAGUAGUAAUUAAACUACUGCCGAUAUGGGAACAAUUUCGACGUGAUGAUGUGUCCAAGGAGAAACGAUUUGAAUUCAUCCAAGAAGUGUUAAAAAUCUCAAAGAAAGUCAUACCUGAUUUGUGUAUGGCCCAUGAUACAUCAAGAAUCUUGGAAGAUUGUGUUAAAUAUGGUACAGAGUCACAACGUUGGCAAAUUUUCGGUGAAGUUCAUACAAAUUUGGUGAUGCUGGCCAAAUCACGCUAUGCAAAAUUUGUUAUAUUGAAACUAAUAAAGUACGGUGACAAACAAUACAUACUGGAGAUGUUUAAGGCCUUUAAAAAUCGCAUUCAACGUUUAACUCAACAUAAAUUUGCAUCAGAAGUUAUAGAUACAUUAUAUAAUGACUAUGCCACUGCAUCACAACGUAGUGAAAUGAUUCAAGAGUUUUAUGGGAAUAGACAUGCUCUGAGACUUGGUGAACAUAAAUUAUUCACACUUGAAGAUACGUUAAAAUUGCAUCCAGACAAAAGUGCUAUGAUACUUGACAAUCUUACAAAGAUACUCAUCAAUUUGGUAUCCAAGGGUCUUAACAAAUACAGUAUUGUUCAACACUUAUUAUUGGAGUAUUUACGGAAUGCUGUAUCAUUCUCCAAAGCACAAUCAAUACCUGUUAAUGUGAAAGCUAGUAUGAAUACAUCUCAACCAAGCGAAACAAUUGUACCAUACAUAGUUGAUGAACCAGUUGACUGUAAAGAUGAGGAUGCUAUUCCUAAAUCGUUCCAUGAUAAUUUUACAACUUUGAUUGAAAAUCUAAUCGAUGGUCAAAUAGUGCCGAUGUUACAUACUCGUGAUGGUGUUCGUGCUGCUUUAAGAAUACUUUGGGCAUGUAGUCCUCAGAAACGUAAGAUUUUAGUUAAAGGCUUGAAAACCUGUGUACAAAAUAUUGCGUUUAAUGAACAUGGACAUCUUUUUAUUAUUGGGUUAAUCGAUUCAGUGGAUGAUAUUGUAUUAUUACAGAAAACAAUAUUUCGAGAAAUAUUAGACGAUUUAGAAUUGUUUGUCAUGCAUCCUAAUGCACGUAAAGUAUUACUAUAUAUGUUAUCUCCCAGGGAUCGUCGUAAUUUUUGUCCUCAAUUAAUUAAUAGUAUCUUAGUUCCGGGUGAUACAAGCAUUUAUACAAAGAAAUUACUUGGUGUACGUGCAAUGGAAAUGCGCCAAUUACAAUCAAUGAUUUUACCAGCUUUACUUAAGUUAGUUAAUCAUAAAUUGGUCGAGUUAUUUAUUGGUGAUUCAUUAAGUGAAGUUGGUCUAUUAACAAGUAAAGAUUUGGGUCGUCUUGUUCUUUUGAGUGAAAUUCUUGAGAAAAGCGCUCCACAUAAUUUAAAUGUAGAUAUUGUACUACCAAUGUAUAAAAGAACAAAUGAUGAUACACGUGUUCAAUUUGGAAAUUGGAUCAUCUCUCCAAAAGAUUUAUCAUUUUAUAAAACAUCAAGAAGAUUAGCUUUAGAAAAGCUUGUUACACAUAUUUUAGUACCGGAAUUCAAUCCAACUGGUAAUGACGAUGAUGAUGAUGAUGAUGAUAAGGAGGAAAAAACUCAUUCGAAACAACAUCAACAAUCACAGAAACGAAAUCAUGAUGAUUUACGUUUAUCUCGGCAUAAAUUAGCAGUUUCAUUAGUUGAAGCUUAUUUGGCUAAACAAAAGAAUCCAAAAGUCAAAUCAUUUUUCACUGGGAGAGAAUCAUUAUCCGAUAAUGAGGAACAAGAGACUAAUCAACAUAUGUCUAUUGAUGAAACAUUUACAAUGAAUCAAUGUAGUUCGAAACCAUUUAUUGAACGACCUGAAGGUGCAUAUCUGAUACGCCGCUUAUUAAAAAUGGAGAAAACGACUGAAUAUUUUACUUUUGCUCGACUCAUUAUAAAACAUGUUCCAGACGAAAAUUUUCAAUCUUGGAUCAAGUGUAAUCGUACUUGUUACAUUCUAGUAAAGUAAGUUAACAUUAUUUCAUUGCAAGGUACUUUUACGUUGCUGAUUCUUUUGAAGGUUAAUUUUAUGGCCUGGAAUGUUUUCUUUUCUCCUAUCGGUCUGUUGAGAUUUGUUAUAUGUAGUGUUGAUGUAGACUAACUAAGUUGAUGAGUUUUGAACACUUUCAUUGAUUAAAAUGGUUACACAUACUCGAUCACUACUCUAGUCUAUCUAGCAUAUGAGUACGAUAAAAAAAUGCUAACGUUGGUCAUACUAAGAUACAUUAGUCAAUAAAAUCACUAACUAUUGAUCUGAGCUGUAUCAGACAAUGUAACCUUCUAUUGUUGGGCCCCGUGCACCAGUCUUAAUCUAUGGUUGAUUGGAGAUGUUUUCUUUACUCUCCUUCCUCUGAUUCACUUUCUUAUCCCUCUCUAACAGGUGCCGAUGCUGAAGUAUAGCAAUUUAGAUUGAUAUAUAUUUGUAUUUAGUCCUAUCUAGUUUAAGAUUGAUUGACUGAUCUGUUAAACAUCUAUGUGCUUUCUUGGAGAAAACAAACUUUGUAGUGAUUAUAAUUGCUGAUUAAGUUUGCUGGUCUGUUACACUUUCGAUAGCUUUUCUUGUGACGUUUUUUAUGUGUAACUGGUGGUGUUAAGGGGAUUUCCUACUAUUGCUUAUAUUUGGCUAGAUAGUUCCAACAACUGAAUUACUUGCAGAUUUUAUUGACAAUCAUUUAGACUUUCUUUGAUUUCUUAGUACUGUAGUGAACAGGAACUCAGGUGGCGUAAACCAAUUUAUUAUUUAAUACAAAAUUACAAAGUGCUUUCAUAAAAUCUGAAAACCAUACAUUAAAUACGUUAUUUUCACAUCAGUUAUCCUUUACAUGAUUCAUGAUUCUUUCAAUGCUGUUGUUAUUACAAUUGCUCUGUGUUUGCUCCCCUGAUCUUUUUAAUUCAAUCUUCUACUGACAGGGAUUCCACUUCCGAUUGGUGCUACAUACUGAGUAUAUCUGUCACCAUAAGUAGUAUACACCACAAUACUCUCGGUUGUUUUCAAGUUCCAUAAUUAUAUAAUAUUCAAAACAACAGUUAAUAGGUUAUAUUCUUCAUAACCUUCCAGAUAGUCAUAAGUGACGUAGAAUCUGACACAUGAGUAUCCUUUCAAAUCGUUGCACCAUAUGACUAUUACGCGAUCAAAUUAUCAAAACAAAUGCCAGACUAGUAGAAGUUGAGAAAAUAUCAAUGAUAGUGGACAAGAUUAGACAUAUACAAUGUGAUUUAAUAAGGAAGAAUGACUUUACAGAAUAAUAAGUAUCUUAAGACAGAGCGUGAAUAGAUAUUAGACCAUUGCAAGCAAUUCUAAGUCACGUUAUCCAAUGUCUCCAACCGUUUAUUACAAUAAUUACCUGAAUCCCAACUGGGUAGUCUACACUUGAUAGUAUGCCUUAGUCCAAUUGUCAGUGACUAUAGACUAGUACUACGUUUUGUUCUGGGCACCUCUGGCUUCUUUCCAAUCCACUCGUCCGUCGAGAUAGGCGGUGGGCGGGCAUAAGCAACUUAUGUUCUGACGUACUAACAUCCUCUGUUUGUUAUAAUCACGCCCAUAAAAUAGAACGGAGCAAACUGCUACACAGUAAACUCAUCCUUUGGUUAGCAGAUGGAUAUAUAAAAGGUUAUGGUUUCUGAAUUGUAAUAAAGUGACAAUUUAGGGAUCAUACUUAUGUAUCAUCCAUAAUUCUGGUCAAUCAAAUAUUACGAACCGUACAUAUUGUAUCAUAUUUUUACGUCAUUUAAUUUUGUUUUGUAUUCUCAUUUAGUCUGUGGGAACUUGGCGAUGCGAAUAUUUGCAAUGCACUCAAAGAAGCUUUGAAUCCUGUUGUGGAAACUUUGAAAAUAUCACCUUUAUCUGGUGCUAAAAUUUUGUACAAUCAUUUAAACCAACAAUAA